GUGAAGUCAAGGCUUGCUUACGUGUGCAGUGCUCUUUUCAGUCGGUGCUUCGUUUCAGCGGUGGCUAGGUUUUGGAGGGAUCUGGACUUUCUUAGAAGGGACCACCCCCAGUAAAAACACAUUUAGUGGUGCAUCCCGGUUCCAGUUCACCUUGCUUACGCUGUCCAUCACGGGAUUGUCAAUUACUGGGUUCGAAAUCGACAGUUGUAGCACAGAAAUAACGGUACAAAUGGCGGACAAGGACCACAAUAAGAAAAGUCUACCAACACGCUGUAUAGGCGCUGUGGGCGAGUUGAAGUUCACCCGGAAGUACGCCCGUCAGAUGCGCACAGCCUCCACCAUUGGAGCGGUAACACUGUUUAUCCUCGUUAUCUAUCUAUACACGACAUCUGAUAAUCCAGUUGCAGUCGAAACCAAGUCAGUAUCGGACGAGACUCUUCAGCUUCGGAAGUCCUUUUGGUCAAAAUUAAACCUCUUUAGUUCGAAACAUGAAGAGGAAGGUGAAGAUGACAUCCCCGAACCCAAAGAAAUUGAAGAUAUCAUACCGACGCCCAUGCCAGGCCAACCGGAUAUAAUGAUCACCGGACCUCCCCGCUCGGGCACGACCGUUAUAGGAGGGGUGGUUGAACUAGCCAAGGAAACGCGCACCAUCCACGAGCCAAUGAACCUGGACGCUUACAGGGACCCGUGUAAUCUGGGUAAAAAGCCUCGUGUAUACAGACAACUCGACAUUGACCUGGACGUGGACUUAAACGCAUGGAAAGAUUAUUUCAAUAGGUUUUUUGUCAACUGUAGAAAUGUCACAGAAGGUCCUAAACCUAGACUCGUUUUGAAGGACCCAAUUGCUUUGAAAUAUGCUGAAUGGCUGGGAAACAGGUACGGGCUUUUGAUAGUGGUCAAGGUCAGACAUCCGGGUGCUUUGCUUGGAAGUGACUGCGCGCGUGCUUCAAGAUGGUCCACCUACGUCUGCACAGACGACAUUGUUGAUCGAUACAUACAAAUGAGGCACUUUCAGAUGCAGCUUCUAACAGAGUUUUACACAAAGUAUAAGAAUAGCCCAAACUGGUAUUUCAUGCGCCACGAAGCAUUUUGCUUGACACCGGUGGAAGAAACGGGGCGAUUGUUUGAAUUUCUCAAGCUGGCCUACACGGAUGAAAUAAAGGCGGAAGUAACAAAAAUGACAGCUGCAGACAAUCCUCAAAAUUCCGCCAAGUACAAAGAAAUUUAUCUAGACGCCAAAAGCCAAAUAGAUAACUGGAAACAGAGACUGACACCAUCUCAAAUUUUACGAAUAAAGAAUGAAACGCAGUAUUAUUGGAGAGCUUUAGAAUACAGUGAAACAACUUGGUAAUAUGUGUAUAUGUCAGACAAUGUUUUUUUUUCUAUCAGUGUGUUUCUAUCGUGGUGUAAUGUCGUCGGAAUCUAGAGGGUUUAUAUGUGAUUAAACAAAACGGUAGACUGUAUACAGUGCAUGAAGAUACUUUCAGAUUCGUAAAAAUAUAUAUGGUUAAAUUUUACAACCUGUCAGCUGCAGAUAUAUGUGCCUAAAGUUAUCGUUUUGAACACGGGUAAACGUACAGGCGACGAAUGCAUUUCCGUUACUGUCGUCGAUCACGCAGGCUGAAUGUAUGUACAAUAACUGCAUGUAGCAAUUAUAUCUCAAUAAAUAUCAGUUGGACGUCUCAAACAAUGAUA